AUGUGGCAAGAGGGUCACAGAUGUCAGCCUCUGGAGCUGGCAGCCAAACGGACAGCCCAGCUGCGGCCCGAGGGGGAGGGGCGCGGCCGCCGGGCAGAUGGCGGCAUUUACAUACAGCUGGGCCCCUCGGAGCCGCACGGUCCGGGGGCACCGCGGUCCCCCUGCAGCGCCCGGGGCCCCUGUCGCCUCUUCUUUAGGAUCUGCUUGAAGCCUGGAGUCUCAGAGGAGGCCACCGAGUCCCUCUGCGCCCUGGGCGCGGCGCUGAGUGCGCGCGGACCAGUCUACACUGAGCAGUCUCCCGGAUUGUCAGCGCCGGACCUGCAGCUGCCGGGCAGCCUCAUGCGCGUGCCCUUCCGGGACACUUGGCCGGGGGCCUUCUCUCUCAUCAUUGAAACCUGGAGAGAGGAGUUAGGAGAGCAGGGCCCGCCUGGAGCCUGCCGCUCGCGCGGCGCCCCCUCGCGGUGCGGUCCGGGACUGCGCCCCUGCGAGCCGGUGGAGAACCAGUGCGUGGAGAAGCCGCCUGCGUGUCGAGCAGGCUGCAGCCCAGAGCAUGGCUUCUGUGAGCAGCCCAAUGAAUGUCGAUGCCUGGAGGGCUGGACUGGGCCCCUCUGCCUGGUCCCUGUCUCACCCAGCAGUUGCCUCAGCCCCAGGGGCCCAUCCUCUGCCACCACGGGCUGCCUUGGACCUGGACCUGGGCCCUGUGAUGGGAACCCGUGUGCCAACGGGGGCAGCUGUAGUGAGACAGCAGGGUCCUUUGAGUGCGCCUGCCCCCGGGGGUUCUACGGGCCACGGUGUGAGGUGAGUGGGGUGACAUGUGCGGAUGGACCCUGCUUCAACGGUGGCCUGUGUGUCGGCGGUGCGGAUCCGGACUCCGCCUACGUGUGCCACUGCCCGCCCGGCUUCCAAGGCUCCAACUGUGAGGAGAGGGUGGAACGGUACUGUGGGUCACAUGGCAGACACAGGAACAUGGAGUACAGUGAGGAGACAGCAGGGUCCUUUGAGUGCGCCUGCCCCCGGGGGUUCUACGGGCCACGGUGUGAGGUGAGUGGGGUGACAUGUGCGGAUGGACCCUGCUUCAACGGUGGCCUGUGUGUCGGCGGUGCGGAUCCGGACUCCGCCUACGUGUGCCACUGCCCGCCCGGCUUCCAAGGCUCCAACUGUGAGAAGAGGGUGGACCGGUGCAGCCUGCAGCCAUGCCGAAAUGCUUGCGCCCACGGAGGCCGCUGCUACGCCCACUUCUCCGGCCUCGUCUGCGCCUGCGCCCCCGGCUACAUGGGCGCGCGCUGCGAGUUCCCGGUUCACCCCGACGGUGUGGACGACGGCACCGGCGCGUUGCCCGCGGGCCAGAAGCACGGGGAUCCACAGCGCUUUCUUUUGCCGCCGGCUUUGGGACUGCUGGCGGCCUCGGGUUUGGCUGGCGCCGCGCUCUUGCUGGUCCGUGUGCGCCGCCGUGGCGCUGGCCUGGAUACUGGGUCUCGCCUGCUGGCCGGGACCCCGGAGCCGUCAGUUCACGCACUCCCUGAUGCGCUCAACAACCUGAGGACGCACGAGGAUUCCCGGGAUGGCCUGAGCUUGUCGGGAGAUUGGAAUAAUCCUGAAGAUGGAGACCCCCGAGCGAUUUAUGUCAUCCCUUCGCCUUCGAUCUAUGCUCAGGAGGCCUGAUCUGAUCCUUCUCCAUCAGCACCUGGAGACACAGCCAGGACAGUUUUGUUUCCUGAGGGUACCCAUGUCUAUGCCAGAACUUUGGAAUUCAAGCUGGAGGGAGUGGCUGGGAGGACGUUAUUGUUGGAAGUUGUACAUAAUGGUUAUUUAUAUCCUAUUUUUUUUCCUGCUCCCCAUCUCUCCAGAGACAUCUAUAAAGUACUUAUUUUCAUCA